UGUUUUUCUAGGAUUAUUCAAAUCCUUAAUCCUGACGAUCGUUAAUCUGUUUCGCGAGUGUGCGCCGCGACUUUUCGAGGGGACGUGACUUUCAACCGCAGUAUUUUUCUUUGAUUUCGAUUGACCAGAAAAUCAGGAUUUUGAGAACGAAAAAAAAAAAAACCGUUUAGUGUUGAAUCGGAGACGGCGAACUUUUGAGACCAUGUCUGUGUCCGUGCGGAUCCAGAACCUGUUCCCGACCAUGAACUCUCUCAGCGACACCAUGACGUCGCUCCUCAACAACGUCUGGUCCGUGCCUCAACUCUGGUCCGGAAUGUACAAAUACGUGCCGAAUCUCCACUCACUCAUGCGAUUAUUUCCCCGUGAACCCGGGCCGCUGGAGAUUCGUCGCUACCUGUACUUUGCCGACGGAGAAAGUACGUUUCAGUACGAUGACGGGUUGCCUGCGUUGCCGGUGCCUGAUUUGCGUCACACGCUGGACGUUUAUCUCGAGUCUUGCAAGCCGUACUUGACGGAGGAGGAGCUGGAGCAACUGGGUGCAGUGCUGAAGGAAUUCGAGGCCGGCAUGGGAACCAAGUUGCACGCCAAAUUGCUGGAGAAGGCCGCGAAAGAGAAGAACUGGCUGGAGAAAUGGUGGGAAGAAGAGGUGUAUCUCAAGCUCCGACUUCCUUUGAUACCGUAUCUUUACAUGUGCGCUGAAGGGCCUCGUCCGAAAGAGCUGACGUCUUUAUAUCCGUUGGUUCUUAAAUUUGCGAUUCAACCGAAUGAUCUUUUGCGCCCUGUUCAGCCGUUGGCGAUCUGUCUGCACUACACCGUGAAGUUCUGGUUCUUGAUGAGGCAGGGGAAAAUCAAGCCACAAAAGCAGAUGCGGAAAGAUAUGAACGAUAAAAUGGCGAAGCCGUUUUCCAUGCACCAAUUCCGCCGGUUCUUCAACACUGCCCGUGUGCCGAAAAAGGGCAAAGACGAAAUCCAAUGCUACUUCGCCACUGAGGAGGAAGACCCGAAUAACGAAGUGCCGACAAACAUGAUCGUCUUGUACCGCGGCUACUUGUAUUCCGUGCAAGUCGCCGACUUGGACGCCGGGGAAAUCAUGACUCCGCACGACAUGGAAGCCGCCAUGAACUGGAUCAUUGCCGACGCCCGUGGACGCCUGCCGACGAUCGGGCCGAGCGUGGCGGCGCUGACGUGCGACGAACGUGACGCCUGGGCGGAGAACCGCGAGCGUCUCAGGGCCCUGAGUCCCGCCAAUGCCGCCAUUUUGCACGAGAUCGAAUCGAGUCUGUUUGGCUGGAGUUUGCAGGAAGACAAGCCGGAAACGGAGUCGGACGUGCUCAAGAAGCUCAUUUGCGACGGGAUUCGGGAUCGUUGGGCCGACAAGUCGUUCACCUGUAUGCUGUUCAAGAACGGCUGCACUGGGAAUUCCUCUGAC